AUGAACGCUACACGCACUCUCUUCGCUCGCCAGCCCAUGAUCCGUUUCCUUGGAAAGAGAUCAGUCCCUUCCAAGAUUGACCACACUCCUCACGCUCACCCCGCCGCUCCCAGCUCUGAGCUCCCCGAGUCGUUCGCUUCCUACAGACAGAAGGCCCAACAGCACGGUCCCCUACACCGCCGUACCGCCGCCAGCCAAUACGGCGGCUUCGUCGGCGGCAAGCCCGGAAAGUCGCUCGGCCCUGUCGAGCCGGCAUCUGGCGAGUUCUUCGACCGCAGCGAUCUCCCUGCUCGUUUCUCCAGAACCUCAUGGACCGCGGCCGAGAUCGAGGCCAUCGAGUCCGGCGGUGCCAGCAUGUUCGCAUAA